AGCCAUUUGGCUCAAGACACGGAGAGUGCCCGUGGGGAUUCGAGGAAGUCGCUGACGAUGGCGCGCCUAAAGGAGUGGCUGGGCCCGACCACAGUUCGACAGUGCCUGUCGGAGAUUCUCGCCGGGGUCGUGGUUUGCUUUGCCCAGAUUCCUGAGAGUGUGGCCUUUGCGAACCUUGCGAAUUGCCCCCCGGCUAUCGGGCUCCAGGCAGCCUGGAUCGUGGGCCUCGUUUGCGCUCUCUUCGGUGGUCGCCCGGGUAUGAUCAACGGGUCCGCCGGGGCUCUCGCAGCGGUCACGAAGAGUUUUGUUUCGAAAGAGGUGGAUGGCGCGGGAGUCAUUCACUACACAGGCUUGGUGCAGCUAUUCUGGAGCGUUGUUUUUGCAUCAGCACUCAUUCUGUUGGGAGCUGCUUCUAACGUCGGCAAGUUUCUGUGUUUGAUUCCAGCGACGGUUGUGAUCGGAUUCUGCAAUGGUUUGGGUUGGGUCAUUGGCCAUGCGCAGUUGGCAUGGUUCCAGGACGAGCAGCACACGUUCUUGCAGGGAGAGGUGAUGAGACUCAGUGUCGUGUCGUGCUUGGUAACCUUCGUGAUCAUGCAAACCCUGGUGUCGCUGCGCCUGAAGGGUGUCCCUGCUGCCCUGAUCGCGAUUCUGUCCGCGUGCCUUCUAGAAUUCUGUCUCUUUCGGCCGGUGCUGGGCACAGAAACUCCAACCGUCCGCGACAAGAGCCCUUUCGACACCCGCCAGACUGUGCCACGGCUUUUCUUCCUGAACGGCGACUACGACCUCGCCGAGUGGGGCUCACUGAGCCAGAUCGCCGUACAAGGCGUCACCAUCGCCGUGGUGGCGAUGUUGGAGUCGCUGUUGUGCCUGGAGGUCAUGAACGACCUCACCCGGACGGUGGGCCAGCCGAAUCGGCAGCUAUGGGCCUUGGGUGCGGGCAACCUGCUGGCGGGCCUCUUGGGGACCAUGGGUGGUAACUCCCUCAUCGAGCUUUGUGUCAUGAACGUGCAGUCGGGCGGGACUCUACGCCUGUCAUCUGCAAUCUGUUCGGUUGGGCUGUUGCUCAUCUUCGUCGUUGGCUUCGAGUUGCUAAACUUCAUUCCUGUAUCGUCCCUUGCGGGCGUAAUGAUCGCUGUGGUUAUUGGGUUCGUGAGAUGGAAGUCUUUACCGGCGGUGAUCGCCGCCUUUCUCCCGCGGUCUAGUCUGGAGCCCUCGCCGUCCGGCGGCUCCCGAGGCAGACUGCGCGAUUAUCUGUGGUCUGUGCGCAUCGGACGGUACGACGCCUUAAUCAUUAUUAUUGUGACAUUCCUGACCGCUGUGUACAAUCUGGCGGUUGCAGUUGGUAUUGGCGUCAGUCUUUCGUCCGUUCGUUUUGCGUACCAGCAGACGAGGCCAGUAGAGAUUCAGGUCACAUUGAGCAGCGGCGCCAAAACGUAUACACUUUUAGGUCCUAUUUUCUUCGGUGCGCGACGUGAGGUCAUCGAGGCCUUCACUCCGCGAGCGGAUCCCCCGUCCGUGCAGAUCGACUUCGGCAGUGCGGAGAUCUUCGACUUCUCCAUCAUGCAGGAGCUCCACGCCAUCCUGGAGCAGUACGCAGAGCUGGGCAAGAGCGUUCGAAUCUUGAAUCUGGCGGACGCGACCCACCUGCCGGCACUCCUUCGUUUCGGCGCCAUGCCAGCCGACUCGAGCGGCCCCAACAGCAUCAGCAUCAUCGACGCAGGCUCGUGCGUGGGCGAUGGCUGUGGGGCUGGCGGCACUGUCGUCUCUCAUGCAGGCAGCAGAUGUAGUGGUAGCGUCCUGUCCCGGCCGAUAAAUCAGGCUGGGCAGCCUGACUGACGCUACCAAGUGCCCCCAGCUGCGCCAAAAACCAUAGUGUGUGUGACAGUAAUCAGCUUUUGAUGGUAUUAUAAUAUGUGCGGUUGAGGAAAAACUAAGCGGUAAAUGGGAAAGCGAGAUCCUGCUUCGCCAAUCGGGG